UAGCGAAAUAUUUUCACUAUUUGCCAAGACAAGAAUAAAAAAAGAGUAAUCAGACAUCAAUAAAGUCAGCCUGCUGCAUUCUACAGACAUUGUGUUGGUAUUUGGUAACCCUGAGGUAUUUCUUGUAGCAUGGGAGUGUCCGAUUGGAUGUUCAUGAGUAGGUUCUCGAGCCGUCUAAAUAUUUUCACUAUUUCUCAGGUUUGUUAUUGCACAGCAAGUGUUUGACAAAAUGCUCAAAUGAAAGUUGUAGUAAUAAUGCAUUGACAGAAUCAUCAAGAAAGGUGUAGAGAAUGGAAAACGAAGCCUAUCCGAACAGCAUCGGAUGCACGGCAAGAAACAAUGUUUGUUGCUUGGUAGCCAGAACACAAGUUGCAGAGACAUUUGAAAUAUCAUGGCUCAAUUGGAAAUGUAGGUGUUGGUUGUCAUAAUGAGUCAACAAUCGCUUCAGACUUACAUGCCAUCCAACACAAGAGAUGAUGUGGCCAAUAUUGCUAAAAAACAGGAUGAACAACGAAUUGAACACCAUAAGCGGAAAAUGAAUUUGCGGAAAAGGAAACAACCAAAAUCCCGCAUGUUGGGAGAUAUUAAUAGAGAAACAGUAAUUAUGUCAGCUGUCGUUCCAGAGAUGCACACAACUAGAGCUUCAAAAAAGAAAAAGAGGGGGAAAACUAUUUUAAAAAGAAAGAAACUACAAAAAACCCGUAUGUUGGCAGAUCUUUAUAAGGACACCGAGGCAUGUGGUAGUGGCCAAAACAGAUUCACUGAGGCAAGCCCUCCGUGCCAGAAAGAAAUCAUGGCCGCAAUGCAGUUACUUGAAAUAUCUAGUGGGGUGGUGCCCUCAAAGACUGCAGAUGAAUAUGAAAUCGACAAUCCCAUAUGCCGAUUAAAUAGGAACCCAGCUGAGUUUAGAUUAUCUACCGCUCAAAUGUUCAUGAGAUCGGUUUGAGCUCUGGAGCCAAUUUGUAUGACUUAAUUUGGAUAUGCUGGUUCUAUCUCCGAUCCUUCUCAUUUUCAUGUUUUAUUGUUACUAGCUGGAUUCUGUAGGUUUUCUUUAUUGAAAACAUUUUACCUUUUUCA